AUGGACGCAAACGCCUACAGAUUUCGUGCACCGAAGCCUAAUUAUCUUCCCCAUCGGGCCGACAAAGACGACAUUGUCGAGGAGUACACACCUCUGGGCAAGGCUAGCGAGCUCGAUGAAGCCAGGUAUCUUAACAAAUGCAAGCGCACCGCUCUCGAAUCGGGCAUCACCCGCCCCAAAGGAUACACCGUCUCCUUCCACUGCAACCCCGAGAUGGAGAAGCAUCACUUUGGGCAGACCCAUCCCAUGAAGCCCUGGCGCCUCACCCUAUCAAAAAGUCUCAUCUACUCCUACGGCAUGUCCUUCGCCAUGGACAACUACAUUGCCCGCGCCGCCACUUAUGAAGAGCUUAACGAUUUCCACUCCGACGACUAUCUGGACUUUCUGGGCACCGUCCUUCCUGAGCCUGUCCCGCGGGAUGUUGAUAACGCCAACCCCGAUCUCAAGUUCAACCUCGGCGGCUCCGACUGUCCCCUCUUCGAGGGUCUAUACGACUACUGCUCCAUGUCAGCAGGCGGCUCCCUCGAUGCCGCGCGAAAGAUUUGCGCCCAGCAGUCUGACAUUGCCGUGUCCUGGGGAGGCGGUCUUCACCAUGCAAAGAAAGCCGAGGCGUCUGGCUUCUGUUACAUCAAUGACAUCGUCCUUGCCAUCCUGCAGCUGCUACGCUGCUAUCCCCGCGUUCUCUAUAUUGACAUUGACGUUCACCACGGAGACGGCGUCGAGGAGGCUUUCUACUCCACCGACCGUGUCAUGACGGUCUCGUUUCACAAAUACGACCCUCUCAACUUCUUCCCCGGCACCGGCGGUCUGGAUGACAACGGGCCGAAGAAUGAGCACAACCCAGGUGCCCACCAUGCCAUCAAUGUGCCCCUCAACGAUGGAAUCACAGAUGAGCAGUACAAGUGGCUCUUUGAGAAUGUUAUCGGUCAAUGCAUGGAAAAGUUCCGACCAAGCGCUAUCGCCCUGCAAUGCGGUGCCGACUCUCUCGCCGGUGAUCGUCUGGGUCGCUUCAACCUGCAGGUGCAAGGACACGGCGCCUGCGUCGAGUUCUGCAAAAAGUUCAACGUACCCAUGAUCCUCUUUGGAGGUGGCGGAUACACGCCAAGAAACGUGGCUCGCGCGUGGGCCUUUGAGACGAGUAUCGCCAUCAACUGCCAGGACAAGAUCGAUCCCAUCAUUCCGACGCACGCUCCUUGGAGAGAGCAGUUCAGAUAUGAGGAGCUUUUCCCGACCCUCGAGCAAAUCUUGGGCGAGCCGCGCGCGAACCGCAACCCGCAAAAGCGACUGAACGACCUCGUUCAGCAUGUGACGGAGCAGCUGAGGUUUGUCCAGGCAGCUCCGAGCGUGCAGUAUCAGGUUAUCCCGCCCGAUCUGGGCGGUCUUAGGGAAGACGUCGAGGAAAAGCUCAAGGAGGAAAGGGAGGCCGAGAACGACAGCAUCAGAAAAGCACGCGAAGAGGCCGUUGGUUCAGCCAUGGAACUCUCCCUCCUGGCUCUGGCGCCGGCCGGUAUCCUCGGCCUCGCCACGCCGUCAGCCGGUCUCAGUCGCCGCGCAGUUGACUGGAGCAAGUGGAAGCCCGGCGUGUCGUUCCAGAUCAUCCUCCACGAACCCAUCAAGCACGACAGCACCGCCGACAUCGUGCCCGCCAACGCCGAUGUAUGGGAUAUUGACCUGCAGCAUGCCGAUACCUACCGGGACAUGAUUCCCACUCUCAAGGCUGCCGGGAAGAUUGUCAUCUGCUAUUUCAACGGCGGUGCAGUCCAGGACUGGGACAACGAUAUCGCCGAGUUUCCGGACGAAGCUAUCCAGAAGCCCCUCGAGGGUUACCUGGAUGAGAGGUACCUCGACAUUAGGAACAGCAAGGUCGUCGACGUGAUGAAGGCGCGUCUCGACUUGGCCGCAAGCCUCGGUUGCGACGGUGUCGAUCCCGACAACAUUGAUGCUUGGGCUCAGGACGACGAGGACCCCACAGGUUUCAACCUCAAGGCUUCCGACUACACCUCGUACCUCAAGGCUCUGGCAUCCCACGCCCACUCCCUCACCACGCAGGAAGGCCGAGCCCUCAUGAUUGGCCAAAAGAACGCCCCCGAAAUCGCCCCGGACCUGGUUUCCACCGUCGACUUUGCCGUCCUCGAGACGUGCCUGGGCACCCGCACCUCUGACGAGGUCGAGCCUUUCUGCUCCGAGUUCCAGCCCGUCAUCGCCGCCGGCCAUCCCGUGUUUCAGAUCGAGUACCCGCUCAGCGUCAGGAACGGUGUCUCCAUCAGCCAGGUCGACUAUAAUUACUUCUGCGUCAACAAGAACGGCAACGAAGGGUUCAGCGAGGUUAUCAAGCACGCAAGCGAGCAGGUUGACGGCUGGGGACAGUUUUGCGGCUUGGGCACGACGGGUGGUCGUUUCGAGACACCCACUUUUGAUGGAUAG